UGUAGCACUCACUCAAAACUGGAUCGAGUGGGAUCCCUUCCCUUGGUCGCCACAUUACGGCUCAUCUCAUCAUGACUAGCUUCAACGAAGCAAAUUAAGCAACCAUAGCUAACAACAAUGCUGACUGCAUUGAAUAGAUUAGAUAAGCUCCUUCUGAAUUGAUUAAUCUACCCAUUUUUCCUUGUGAAUUACUACUACUAGGAUAGCAAGUGCGUACGUAGCGUAGUAGUCAUAAGAAAGAAGCAAAGCCAGAUCGAGAUCAUGCAAGCCAUGCCAUGGUGCCCAUGAUAAUGAGGAGCCGUGCAAGCACAAGCAGAAGCAGGGGUGGAGGAGGAGUGAAGUACUGUGGCCUAUGCCCAGCGGCCAUCGCCUCUGUUCUUCUCGCCAUCUUGCUUGCCUCCACCACACACCUCCCUGCUUCGCCCUCCGAUCCUCUGGUACACGGCCGCCGCCGGCGGAGGCAGUGCGACGAGGAGGCCAGAUGGGUGGCCGGCAUCGCGUCCCAGCUCAACGCCGCCCUCGUCCUGACCGUCGACCACCUCGGCUGCGGCAACUUCAGCAGCGUGCAGAAGGCGGUGGACGCGGUGCCUGACCACGGCGCGGCCGGCGGGCGUACGCUGCUGGCCGUGGGCGCCGGCAUCUUCCGGGAGAAGGUGGUGGUGUGGGGCAACAAGACGGGCGUGACGCUGCACGGCCGCGGCAACCUCAACAGCACCGUGGCGUGGAACGACACCGCCGGUUCCAGCGGCGGCAGCACCCCGUCCAGCGCCACCUUCACCGUCCUCGCUGCCGGCUUCGUCGCCUACAACAUCAGCUUUCAGAACACGGCGCCUCCGGCGGACCCUGGCGCCAGCGGAGGGCAGGCGGUGGCGCUGCGCGUGGCUGGCGACCAGGCGGCGUUCCACUGGUGCGGCGUCUACGGCGCGCAGGACACGCUGCUGGACGAGCAGGGGCGGCACCUCUUCCGCGGCUGCUACGUCGAGGGCUCCAUCGACUUCAUCUUCGGCAACGCCCGGUCGCUCUACCUCAACUGCACAAUCAGCUCCGUCGCGGCGUCCACCGGCAAUGGCGGCGGCGUGACGGGGAGCAUCACGGCGCAGGGUCGCGGGUCGGCGUCGGAGAAAACGGGGUUCGCGUUCGUGGGGUGCAGCGUGGUGGGGACGGGGAAGGUGUGGCUGGGGCGGGCGUGGGGCCCCUACGCCACGGUGGUGUUCGCGAGGACGUACCUCGCCGCCGGCGUCGUGGCGCCGGAGGGGUGGAACGACUGGAACGAUCCGGCCAGGCGCCAGACGGUGUUCUUCGGGGAGUACGAGAGCACGGGGCCCGGGGCGUGCAGGGAUGGGAGGGUGCCGUACGCGCGGCAGCUAGAUCGCCGGCAGGCCGCGCCCUUCAUGGACGUCUCCUACAUCGACGGCGACCAGUGGGCGGUGCCGCCACUGCCAGUAGUACUAGCGCUGCCGCGGCAGCACGGCGGAGACGAUUCAGAUCAUGCACCACGGGGAGAAGUAAUGUAGCUCAAAAAUGCUAGACAUAUAAAGACUUACACGCUUUUACACGCUCCUUUCAGCUAACAACCAAUCACAAACCUCUCCCCCCCUGAUUUUCAGGGGGGUGGGCCGCCCCGCUCACCUAUUGACCAAUCAAGGUUAACCAUCCUGUAAAAACCUGUAAAUCGUUUGUACGUGUAGCAUUGCCGAAUGUAGCUGCAUGUGCAAGAUUUAGCAUCUUUUUUGCCCUUUUUGUGGGUUCGAUUUCGUUUUCUGACGUUAAGUUUUUUCUUUUCGAAAUGGGACAACCGCAGAUCAUAGGUUCCACUUCGGAAAAACAAUAAUCCCUCGUGUUCA